AUGGAUGGAGAACACUACGACUAUAUGUACCAAGGCUUGGCCGCCUAUGUGGGCGAGAUUUUUGAAACCGAUAUGUCUCAUCUUAUCGCUCAGAUUGAAGCAAACGGCGGCGUGAUCCCAGAGGCUCCAUUGCCACCUCUAACAUGGUAUCCGUACGACUAUGAACCCUUUCUCCCCUCCAUUGCCCCCCCUCCAGCCGAUUCUGAAGGGGUGAAUGUCAACGUUCAAGAGAGUAAAGAAGACCCAGUUGUGAAGGCCGAGCCUUCGUCGCCGGAUACUCUGGCGGCACCCGAGUCACCUCGAUCGCCAUAUCUCUACGACAUUCCGCCCUUUCGUCGCUCACAAAGCCCCUCUCCAUUCAAUCUUGUAGAGGCAGUUAUCGACUCUACUGAGACUGUCACUGUGAAGCCGGAGCCGUCGUCACCAGGAACUGUCCAAGAUGUCGUAUGGGUACCUCGAUCACCAGGAUCUCCCUCACUCUACGACAUCCCCCGCUUCUACGCCGCACCCGACCUAUCCCCUCCCCAGCCGUCCCCCGAAGACUUCGAACGACCCAUCCCAUCUCGCGCGCCCUCCCCUCGAACCAGUCCUCAGCGAAACACGCUCGGAGGCCGCAUCAACGGUCGUGGCAUCCGCCGCAAUCUCCAAUUCUUCAUCAAUCGCGGUAACCAGCGACGCGCGAUUAGUCACGCUCAAAUGCUCCGUCGCCGUCGAAUGCAAGAGGAGCGAUUCGGGCUGCGACAGUAUCGGCGCCAUGUAGACGGGCUCCAGCGUCAGCAUGAGCAGCGGCUGCGUGACGGUGAGAAUGCGCCUUGCAAUAGCAUUCCUGUCUCGCGGGGACGUCGAUUCCAUGGCGCACCGCGGUUUGUGGAGAGAUUCAGCGUUCGAGAUGAAGAGGACCGUGGUUGUUGGAGUCCUUUUGACUUGUACUAA